AUGAAAAGUUUACUUAUAUUUUAUUUAUAUUUGUCAAUAUUGUACAUUACAACAGAAGCAACAGUUUUUCCGAAAGAACACUCAAAAUUUAUUAAGGACGAGAACGAAAAUGAAAAUAAACUGAUGCCUCGCGCAAUAAUAGCAACAACAACAUCUACACCACCAAUGUCAACUAAACAGCCACUGCCACAGUCAACAAUAAUACCACCUCAACCGACAACAACUGCAACUGCAACCACACCAAUAACAACACCAACAGCACCAACAGCACCAAAUAUAACACCAUCAAAACCAAAACCUACCCAUGAACCACAAAUUCAACCACCACCGCAACCACAACCUCAACCGCAACCACAACCUCAACCACAACCGCAACCACAACCAAAACCACAACCAAAACCUAGCCCUAAACCACAACCUCAACCACAACCUCAACCUCAACCACAGCCGCAACCGCAACCUCAACCUCAACCUAGCCCUAAACCACAACCACAACCACAACCGCAACCGCAACCGCAACCAACUUAUACAAAUCCAAAUUCAGGCAACAAUCCUCAAAUUGCUAACAAACCAGUUACAUUGCCUAGCCAAUCUCCUGUGUCUACAACGAGUGUAAAUCCAAAUUUACAAACAAUUCUUCCCAAUUUUUCUUUAUCUGUUCCUAAUACACCAAGUUCUAAAGGUGACGAUCAACCAACGCAUAUAUAUGUAACAUAUUUAACAAGCACUACCGCUACAGCUGCAUUCCCAUCUAAUCAGAUCAGCAGUAAUGAGAAUGAAGACAGCAAACCAAAUUCACAAUCGCAGUCAACUAGCAGCGAUGACUCUUCUAAUCCAGGAAACUCGCCAACUUCAAGAGCAACCAAGAGCUCAAGCAAAAAUAAAAAUCCUAAAGAAACUACGAUAACUAGGGCAGCAAAUGGUGGUAAUUUUCUAAUUAUCGAUAGCUAUUCUGAAGUUGUAUUAAUAACAACUUGGGCUCUUGGAUUUGUAAUAAGUAUAUUUUUAGCUUAA